CGAUCUCCUUGUCGCCGCGCGGGUGGGUGGGAUCGUGGCGGAGCUCCGGGCGCCGGGGCAGGGGCGGGAGGGCGCCAUGGCGGCAGCUGUGGCGGCGGCGUCCGGUCCCCGCGCCGCGGCGAGGUGAGGGGCCGCCUCUUAUCCGCGGCUGAGGAGAACACAGCUGCCCGCCUGCCUUCCACGCGGGCCACGGCUCCGGCAUGGCCGGGCUCAUUAAGAAGCAGAUCCUGAAGCACCUGUCCCGGUUCACUAAGAAUCUUUCCCCGGACAAAAUCAAUUUGAGCACCCUGAAAGGGGAGGGUCAGCUGACCAACCUGGAGCUGGAUGAAGAGGUUCUACAGAAUGUGCUGGAGCUUCCCACCUGGUUAGCCAUCACUCGGGUCUACUGCAACAGGGCCUCAAUCCGGAUCCAGUGGACAAAGUUGAAGACACACCCAAUUUGCUUGUGUCUGGAUAAGGUAGAGGUGGAGAUGAAGACAUGUGAGGAGCCUCGGCCCCCCAAUGGACAGUCUCCUAUUGCCCUCGCUUCAGGACAGAGUGAGUAUGGCUUUGCCGAGAAGGUGGUGGAGGGGAUGUUCAUCAUCGUCAGUUCCAUCACCAUCAAGAUUCACUCCAAGGCCUUCCACGCUUCUUUUGAAUUGUGGCAGCUCCAGGGCUAUAGUGUGAACCCCAACUGGCAGCAGAGUGACCUCCGCCUCACCCGUAUCACUGACCCCCGCCGAGGAGAGGUUUUAACAUUUAAGGAAAUAACUUGGCAAACACUUCGAAUUGAGGCAGAUGCUACAGACAAUGGUGAUCAGGACCCAGUCACCACUCCACUGAGGCUUAUUACCAACCAAGGCAGGAUCCAAAUAGCCCUCAAGAGAAGAACCAAAGAUUGCAAUGUGAUAGCCUCCAAGCUGAUGUUCCUGUUGGAUGACCUGCUCUGGGUGCUAACUGACUCACAGCUCAAGGCUAUGAUGAAAUAUGCAGAAUCACUGAGUGAGGCCAUGGAGAAGUCAGCACAGCAGAGAAAGAGCCUGGCCCCUGAACCUGUACAGAUCACCCCACCUGCUCCCAGCGCCCAGCAGUCCUGGGCCCAGGCGUUCGGUGGCAGCCAGGGCAGCAGCAACAGCAGCAGCAGCCGCCUCAGCCAGUACUUUGAGAAAUUUGAUGUGAAAGAGUCCUCCUACCAUCUGCUCAUCUCCCGCCUGGACCUGCACAUUUGUGAUGAUAGCCAGUCCCGAGAGCCAGGUGUCUCCGCAAACAGACUCAUGGGUGGUGCAAUGCAGCUUACCUUUCGCAAGAUGGCAUUUGACUAUUACCCCUUCCACUGGGCAGGCGAUAGCUGCAAACAUUGGGUACGUCACUGUGAGGCCAUGGAGACCCGAGGCCAGUGGGCCCAGAAGCUGGUGAUGGAAUUUCAGAGUAAAAUGGAGAAGUGGCACGAGGAGACAGGUCUGAAACAACCCUGGCACCUGGGGGUAGGCUCUCCCUUCCGGAGGAAAGCAGAUUCUCUCUCCAGUUCUCGAAAGAACCCCCUUGAGAGAAGCCCCUCUCAGGGCCGACAGGCUGUCUUUCGGCCUCCAGCAUGGAAUCGCCUGCGCUCUAGCUGCUUGGUAAUACGGGUGGAUGACUUGGACGUCCACCAGGUUUCUACAGCUGGACAGCCAAGUAAGAAGCCAUCGACGCUCCUUUCCUGCAGUCGGAAACUUCACAACCUCCCCACUCAGGUCUCUGCCAUUCAUAUUGAGUUCACAGAGUAUUACUUCCCCGAUAAUCAGGAGCUGCCAGUUCCCUGUCCCAAUCUUUACAUUCAGUUAAAUGGUCUGACAUUUACUAUGGAUCCUGUCAGCUUGCUCUGGGGAAACCUCUUCUGCCUGGAUUUAUACCGCAGCUUGGAGCAGUUCAAAGCUAUCUACAAGCUGGAAGAUUCAAGCCAGAAAGAUGAACACUUGGACAUCCGACUGGAUGCCUUCUGGUUGAAGGUGAGCUUCCCGCUGGAGAAGAGAGAGCGGGCUGGGUUGCACCGUCCCCAGGCCCUUGUCUUCUCUGCAUCAGGCGUGACUGCCACCAAUACACGUCACGCCCCACAUUGUAGCUGUCCAGACCUCCAGAGUCUCUUCCGGGGUUUUGCUGCUGCUGAGUUCUUUCAUUCCAAUUAUGUUCAGUUUCCCAAGGUGCCAGGCGGCUUUAGCCUUCUGCACAUGCUGUUUUUGCAUCACGCCUUCCAGGUGGAUUCCCGACUCCCUCAAUCUAGUGCCCUCCCUCCCCAGAGGCUUAAGGCUUCCCAGGAUCUCUGGUCCAUCCACUUCACCCAGAUCUCCUUGGACUUUGAGGGAAUAGAGAACUUCAAAGGCCAUUCCUUGAAUUUUGUGGCCCCCUUCCCCUUGUCGAUUUGGGCCUGCCUACCCCUCCGCUGGCAGCAAGCCCAGGCACGAAAGCUCCUUAUGGCCACAGAAGGGAGGCUGAAAGCAUCCGCCAGCUUUGGCAGUCCUGUCCAUUCUGAGGCCCUUGCCCCUGACACUGUGUCCCAUCAGAGGUCAAAGACUGAGCAUGAUUUGAAAAGCCUAUCAAGCCUUACAGAAGUCAUGGAAAUUCUGAAAGAAGGCAGCAGUAGUGUGGAUAACAAAGGGCCUCUGACAGAGCUGGAGGACACGGCAGAUGUGCAUGUGCUCAUACACUCGCCUGAGCAUGUCCGAGUGAGGCUUGACCACUACCAGUACUUGGCUCUCCUCCGCCUGAAGGAGGUGCUCCAGGGUCUUCAGGAGCAGCUUAGUAAGGAUACCGAGGCCAUGACUGGGUCUCCUCUGCAGGACCAGACAGCUUGCAUUGGCGUCCUCUUCCCCAGUGCUGAGGUAGCUCUGCUCAUGCAUCCUGUCCCUGGGGCUGUUGAAGCUGACUCUGAGGGUUCAGAUACUACGAGCCUCGUAGAUUCAGAGCUGUCUCCUUCAGAGGAUAGGGAGCUGAAGUCUGAUGCCUCCUCAGAACAGGGCCCAGCAAGCCCCAGGAAGGUUCUGGAGGACAGUGGCGUUGAAAAUCUGGAUGCAUCCCAGGAUAGGCCGCUGCCUCUCCAUAGCAGUGGAGAAGCGCAGGACUCAGAUCCUCUUGCACAGCGGGAGGCAGGGAAGGGCCAUGAGGCACUUGAUUCCUUACAGGCCAAGAGACUGAGCAGCGCCCAGGCACCUAGCUCACCAGCUGAGUUGAAGCCCCCAGGGGACAAGGAUACUGCUGUGAAUGGACAGGGCGAGCUCAUCCCCUUGAAGAACAUUGAGGGAGAAUUAUCAAGUGCUAUUCACAUGACCAAGGAUGCCACAAAGGAGGCUCUACAUGCCACCAUGGACCUCACCAAGGAAGCUAUGUCCCUGACUAAGGAUGCCUUCAGUCUGGGCAGAGACCGAAUGACCUCCACCAUGCACAAGAUGCUGUCUCUGCCCCCAGCCAAGGAGCCCAUGGCCAAGACAGAUGAGGGGGUGGCAGCCCCAGUAAGUGGAGGUGCUGCCCGACUCCGAUUUUUCUCCAUGAAGAGGACAGUAUCUCAGCAGUCAUUUGAUGGUGUCUCAUUGGAUAACAGUGGCCCUGAAGACCGGAUUUCAGUGGACAGUGAUGGCAGUGAGAGCUUUGUGAUGCUCUUGGAGUCUGAGUCUGGUCCAGAAUCUCUUCCACCAGGAUCUCUUCCCAAUGUCUUAGACAGUGCUGGUGUUCAAGGGAGCCCUGUUGCGGAUAGUUAUGGCCAGGGAUCACCAGAGGCCAACAGUUCAGCCUCACCCAGUGGGGAAGACCUCCAUCUUCACCUGGUUUCAGUUCUGGUCCUGAAGGUGAAUGAGGUGUCUUUGGGGAUUGAGGUACGUGGUGAGGACCUGACUGUGGCCCUGCAAGCAGAGGAGCUGACCCUCCAGCAGCUAGGCACCGUGGGACUCUGGCAGUUCCUGCAUGGACAGUGCCCAGGCACAAGCUUUCAGGAAGCCUCAACUUUGAAGACUGGCCACAUCAGGCCAGCUGUAGGCCUUCGCUUUGAGGUGGGGCCUGGUGCAGCUGUUCAUUCCCCUCUGGCCACACAGAAUGGCUUCCUGCGUUUCUUGCUUCAGGGCUGUGACCUUGAGCUGCUCACUUCGGUGCUCAGUGGCCUGGGGCCCUUCUUGGAGGAUGAGGAGAUCCCACUGGUAGUUCCCAUGCAGAUUGAGCUCCUGAACUCCAGGAUCACUCUAAAGGACGAUAUCCCCCCCAUCUAUCCGACCUCUCCAGGCCCCAUCCCCAUCACUCUAGCCAUGGAGCACGUUGUGCUGAAGCGGAGUGACGAUGGUGUGUUCCACAUUGGCGCUGCUGCUCAGGACAGACCAUCAGCCGAAGUACUUAAAAGUGAGAAGAGGCAGCCCCCAAAAGAACAGGUGUUUCUGGUGCCCACAGGGGAGGCUUUUGGCCCACAGGUGCAAGAACUGCCUACCCUACAAAAGGAACUUAUAGAAACUAAACAAGCAUUGGCUCAUGCCAACCAGGAUAAAGAAAAACUUCUUCAGGAGAUUAGGAAAUAUAACCCGCUCUUUGACCUCUGACAACAAUGGCUCAGCCAUCUGUGCCAAGGAGAGAGGAGGAGAUCACCAGCAAUCACACCACCUGCGACAGGCACCAUCCAGUGUUGGACAAGUCAGCUAAGGAUGCUCAACUCACUCCUCAUGGUGUCCUUUCUACUAGCAGUUCUGACUUGGAUGGAAGACAGGGCAAAGUAUUACCACGUUCCAGGAAGUUGGGGGCAGCUUUGUGCGUGGCUCAGGCAUCACGUCUUUCCUGUAUAAAGCCUUUUGGCCCUCUGCACACUAGGCGGAAUCUCCUCAACACUGUAGGGUCAUUUCACCGUCUGGUUUCACAGCAGAGACAUUUGCUUACUCCGCCUGUGUGAACAAGGCAGAGUACCCAUCUUCUCAGUUGGUCACCCACAGAGCCACCAAAGAUUCUAUGUUCCAGAGCUUCCUGUAGUGGACCUGAGAAGUCCUUGGCCUGAGCUUCGGCCACGGUAGUAGAGUGGAACAGGAAAUAGCCAGCAAGGCGGGAGCCUGGGGAGGCACAAGAAUAAAUGAGACAUGGAUUCUGCCUUGUUUGGAAAGGAAACCAAGCUCACGUCAUCUUGGCUCAUAUUACAAUCAGAUUUUUCAGGGUUAAGCUUUCUUUCUGUGAUGCUUUCAUCGCUGUGAUGCUGUGGUAGGAAGUAAACAACAGUAGCAGCUCACUUGUAUCAUCUUUCCCUUCUAUAAGGCAAUCUGUUUGAAAUUUAAGAAGAAACUAUUCACCCUGAGCUAGGUUGAAGGCAUGACAUGGUGAGGGUCGGUAGGGGAGCUUGGUUCUGCGCCGCUGUUGCUGGCCGUGUCCCUCUUCCACAGCUGCACCUCACAGAUUAUUUCCUGUCUCCCUGGGGUCCCUGGCACACCUGCUUUCCCAGCACUAUGACUUUCUACCAGCACUCUUGUUAGCACUUGGUGGUUUGGGAGCUGAAAAUGUGUUUUAAAACUGUAACAUUAACAUCUCAGCCUGUUUCCUCUCACGCCCCUCUAUCACUGUGGCUUUUUAAAAUCAUGUUAGUUUGACUUAAGUAAAAGACAAAGCAAAACAAAACCCUUCAACCUAGCUAGGUUUUGCCCCUGCCUGAUGAAAGAGCUAUUUCCCCCUCUUUCUUUACUACCGAAUUCUUUACCAACACCCUAUCUUCAUCCAUACUGCUCUGUGAUAUACUUCAAGCUGUGUUGGACAGAAGUUCAUCAGCUAACUCACCUUGAAUUGGCAAGAUGGCAAAAUAGUGAUUUAGUAGUGUUACUAAAGUCUUAAUCACACAUGACUUACUGAAGGAAAGAUAAAAUGGUUUCCUUUAUGGGAAAUCAUGCCUGACUUGUAUAUUCUAGUUUUUUGAGGAUAAAAAGAAAUAUGUGUUCAAGAAGGAACAAGAUCUAAUUUGCUCAGACUUUUACAGACUUUUUGUUGUGGUUCUUCACUAAGGCAAUCUUAAAAACAACAAUUACUAUGAGAUUAUGGGAAUGUUCUGUCAUGCUUAGGAAACAAUGCAGAGACUUAAAAAUAAACACCUUUCUAGAGAGAAUGUUAACAGGGUAAGUUCCCUAUGGGUUGAUGCUUGGUUUAACCUUAUUUAAGAAUUUUAUAAAUAACCUGAAAGUAGGAUAUUACAGUGCAAUCAAAUGUCACUGCUUCCAGGCAGUGAAAGAUAAACCAGAAGAAAUUGAAAAAAAAAAGUGAAAUUACAGAAGAUUCACAAACUGGGCUGUGAAUACUCAGGAAAGUGACAAGUGAGGUUUUGUGUAGGUAAGUGUGAAGUAACGCACUUAGGGGAGAAUCAGCAACCAGCGAGGCAGUGAGCUCUGUUAGAACUCAGGAAAGAAACCUAAGCAUUGCUGAGAGGGAGGAGGGGUCAGUGUGCUGCUGUGGCCAAAAGCCCGACUGCAUCAUCAGGAAGGGCACGUGGAGCCAACACAGAAAACAGCACCUCAUGCAAGGCCGUGGUAAUGUCUUAAAUUAUCUGUGCACUUCUAGUGACCUUAUUUACAAAGUGUAUGGUGAAGAGAGGAAAGGUCCAGAGAACAGCAAAAAUUAUCAGGUGGUAGAGGUACUUCCACAUGUGGACACAUCUUUAAAAUGUUGGCUCCAGUUCUGAAAAGAUGAAAGUUGAGGGUAGUGUUAGAUCAGAUAUUCAGUCAAGAGCAGGGACAUGUUCUUCAGGUCCCAAAAUACUAGCUCUAGGGCCGUACCUAUUAGCCUUAGGUAAAAGAAAGCACUUCUCAUAGCAAAUCAGAAACUUCUAGGCGUCAUUGUUCAAGAAGUGGUGCUGGCAGAAACUGUAUGGGUACAGAAGGUUUAAGAGGAAUCCUUGCAUGAUGGUUUUCCAAAAGGAAUUAUGGAAAACUAGGGCUAUUUGGUGAUAUACAACAGAGAGGGUAACUGCAUCCCUCCACAGACUCCCCCUUAAGUGCCUUUUUCAAAGGCAGAAUGAUGAACAAAAAGAAUCACACUCCUCUCAAGUAUGGCAUUUCUAAUGUGUUUAAAGGGGGAGGAGGGAGAGCCAGUAGCCAGAAAAUAGAAUUAUUCAACCUUAGGUUCACCUGAAUUGGUAUAAAAUCACAUUCUGAUUCUCUUCCCUUCACCUCCUCUUCUACCCACUGUGUCCCUCCAUGCAAAGGAUUGCUUGGUACACCCUCACCUUAAGCUUGUGCUUGGUGGGAGGCAAUAGAAACAAAUCUGGCAAGCACUGAGGCUCACCCCUUUAAUGAGCAGAGCUCAGUCAGGUUUCUGGGCUCUCUGGCGCUCUCGUCCAUGUAACAAAUGGAGCCCUAGAAUUUGAAUUUCCUUAUGUGACAGCUUUGGGCAUUGUGUCUUGAAGUUCCUGCCUCAGGAAAUGUGGUUGGGGUCAUUGUCCCAUGGAAUUUUAGUAAAAAUCAUCUUGUAUAACUUCAUACUCCUAUUCAUUGGGGGAAGAACAACUUUCAUAAUGAAGAAAUGUGACCUUGUUUGUAGUCCUCAGGAUAAACGUAAAGGAAAAAGACGGAAGGAAAACAUAGUAGCAUCAGCUCCUGUGGACUGCUUACAAUUUCUGCCUUGGAGCUCUAAGACUCUGUGAACAAGAAAUAACAAUACCUCAAGAAAAUGUCUGGAGUGAUAGCACCGCUAUCCCUCAAAAGACUUCAGCCACCGCACAUCACCAUUUCAGCUGUGAAGCAUUUACAACUACGUAUCAUCUACGAUCGUCUAGAGUCCCCGUUUACACGGAUAUACUAGAGAUGUGCUUUAGUGCAUAUGGACUGGUUUAAAUCUCUCUUAGCUGAGCUGCAGGGACGGUUAUCAAUCUCAAAUUCUGUUUUCAACUCACUGGAAUAAUUAACCUAGUCUAUUAGACUUAAGACAGGAGGAGUAGGUUCUGUUCUCAUGAUGGCUGCUUUUUGCUGUGUAUUUAAUCUGACCCUCAUUUUGCCACAGGCCUCAACCUUUACGUACCCUUUUUCAUGGUUCUGAAAGGAAUGGUUCCUGUCUAUGGAAUAUACAAGGGAUAAGCCACCCCUCACAUACCCCAUAACUUAAAUGCUUCCAUUUAACCCAUUUACAUCAGUUUCCCCAUAGGCUAGUUCAGGGUUUUCUUUUUUUUCUCUCCCCUAUUUAAUACUUGCCUAAACUUCCAAAAACAGUUAUAGUAAUAUCACAAAACUAUGGAAACAACAUUGCUACACAAGCUAGUAGGAUGACAACUGGUUAUUUGAGAACUGCAAGAGCUGUGUCAUUGCCUUGUGAUUUACCAUAGUAAUUACUGUGUUUCAAGAGAUUCUGGUGUGAUGUCCUGUCCUUUCAGGGACUACGGCCUUCCCCAGGAUCUUCCCCCACCUUCUGCUAGAAUAGGAAUAUUCCCAUUCACCUCUGGGUAGGUAUGGAUAGUAGCUGUUGUUGAAUGGGGAUUAUUUUCUCCCUCUCUUACAACAGAUACAAGCGGAAACACUCUCAGAUAACCUUAAACUGGGAGGCUUUGCUAAGUGGCUAGACUUGGGAUGUGUACUUCCUUCUUUAUUAUUUGUAAAUUUCAGCCUUAUCCAGUAUCUCAAACUGCAAUAGGUAUAGUUCUUAUAACCACUUAAAAAGCUCCCUCUGAGAGCUGAGAGAAGAUCUGUUUUUGUUUUUCCCUUCAAUAUAUUAGUUUUUGGUCAAGAUUUAGCCUGAGUCUUACAGCAUUUCUUUGUGGAAUACACUACUGAAGUGUCUUCUCCAUUGGCUAACUACACGUUUAAAGCCAUGAGUUUUAAUGUACGAUAAUAUAAUCCAGAUUUGCCCAACUUUGUGUGUCCAAGCUGUUUCCCCCACUCAGGGUGCUAAACAGAAUUGGAAUCUUUACUAAGACAUGCUCAGGAAAGCUUCAAAAGAGAACAGCUUCAAAACCCCUCUCGUUAUGACACCAAAUGAUUGAGAGGAAAGAAUUCUUGGGGAUUGCCAGUUAUAUUACAGUAGCCUUAUUACUGCUUAUCACUGUCAAUAAAAGGUCACUCCAUUCCCCUCUACGUGAGGAAAACAAUGAGAAUGUAUCCAAUGAACUGGAAUAUUGGUCAGUAUUGGGAAAUAUUAAUGUUGCAGUAUCUAAUCAAACCUUGAGUGUACUGGUUCUGUGAACCACUUGAAAAAAGCAAAUUAAACUUAUUAAACAGUAUUGGUUCUGGUAUAUCUGUUUAUAGCAAUUGAAA